CCGUAGCCGUGACGUGCGCGCGGAGAGGCCGGGGACUCGGUGGGGCGCCGGUCGCGGGCGGAGACGGACCCGGCAUCGGUCCGAGCAGGAAGCAAGUAGAAGCCUCCGCCGCCCGGUACCUGUGCUCGUCCGCGUCCUCGCCCUUUCCCUUCACCUCAGUCUCAUUCUCACCCCGCCCGCCAACCUCACCGGCGACAGGUAGCCCCGCCACCGCGCACCUGCCUUCCUGUCCGCACCGAAUACAGUGGAUAGCUCCCUUCAAAAAUGGAAGAUGGAAAGCCCGUGUGGGCGCCACACCCUACAAAUGGGUUUCAGAUGGGCAACAUCGUGGAUAUUGGCCCUGACAGCUUAACAAUCGAACCCUUGGACCAGAAAGGCAAGACAUUUUUGGCUCUCAUAAACCAAGUGUUCCCUGCAGAAGAGGACAGUAAAAAAGAUGUAGAAGAUAACUGUUCACUAAUGUAUUUAAAUGAAGCCACACUUCUUCAUAAUAUCAAAGUUCGAUACAGUAAAGACAGAAUUUAUACAUAUGUCGCCAACAUUCUGAUUGCGGUGAAUCCAUACUUUGACAUUCCUAAAAUAUACUCCUCAGAAACAAUCAAGUCGUACCAAGGAAAAUCUCUUGGGACAAUGCCACCUCAUGUCUUUGCAAUUGCUGAUAAGGCUUUUCGAGACAUGAAGGUGCUCAAGAUGAGUCAGUCCAUCAUUGUAUCUGGAGAAUCAGGAGCUGGCAAAACAGAAAAUACAAAAUUUGUUCUAAGAUAUCUGACUGAAUCCUAUGGAACAGGUCAAGACAUUGAUGACAGAAUUGUGGAAGCUAACCCACUCUUAGAAGCCUUUGGAAAUGCAAAGACUGUUCGCAACAAUAAUAGCAGUCGAUUUGGAAAAUUUGUAGAAAUACACUUCAAUGAAAAGAAUUCAGUUGUUGGAGGAUUUGUUUCACAUUAUCUUCUAGAGAAAUCUAGGAUCUGUGUUCAAGGAAAAGAGGAAAGAAAUUAUCAUAUCUUUUAUAGGUUGUGUGCUGGUGCUUCUGAGGAUAUUAGGGAAAAACUUCAUUUGAGCUCCCCAGAUAAUUUUCGGUAUUUAAACAGAGGCUGCACUAGAUACUUUGCUAACAAAGAAACUGACAAACAGAUUUUACAAAACCGAAGAAGUCCUGAGUACCUUAAGGCAGGUUCCUUGAAAGAUCCUCUGUUAGAUGACCAUGGAGAUUUUAUUAGAAUGUGCACAGCCAUGAAAAAGAUUGGUUUGGAUGAUGAAGAGAAGCUUGAUCUGUUCCGGGUAGUCGCUGGUGUCCUGCACCUUGGAAAUAUUGAUUUUGAGGAAGCCGGAAGCACUUCAGGUGGCUGUAAUCUGAAGAAUAAGUCUACUCCGUCAUUGGAAUAUUGUGCUGAAUUACUGGGUUUAGAUCAAGAUGAUCUCCGUGUAAGUUUAACCACAAGAGUCAUGCUAACAACAGCAGGGGGCACCAAAGGAACAGUUAUAAAGGUACCCCUGAAAGUGGAGCAGGCAAACAACGCUCGUGAUGCCUUGGCCAAGACAGUCUACAGCCACCUAUUUGAUCAUGUGGUGAAUAGAGUAAAUCAGUGUUUUCCUUUUGAAACAUCAUCCUAUUUUAUUGGAGUCCUGGAUAUUGCUGGUUUUGAGUACUUUGAACAUAACAGUUUUGAACAAUUUUGCAUCAACUAUUGCAAUGAAAAACUUCAACAAUUUUUCAACGAAAGGAUUCUGAAGGAGGAACAAGAACUCUAUCAAAAAGAAGGGUUAGGUGUUAAUGAAGUACAUUAUGUGGAUAAUCAGGACUGUAUAGAUUUAAUUGAAGCAAAACUGGUGGGAAUACUGGAUAUUUUGGAUGAAGAAAAUCGCCUUCCCCAGCCAAGUGAUCAACACUUUACAUCCGCAGUUCACCAGAAACACAAGGAUCAUUUCCGACUCACUAUUCCCAGAAAAUCUAAGCUGGCAGUUCACAGGAACAUCAGAGACGACGAAGGCUUCAUCGUCAGGCACUUCGCAGGAGCAGUGUGCUAUGAGACAACCCAGUUUGUGGAAAAAAAUAAUGAUGCUUUACAUAUGUCUCUUGAGUCCUUAAUAUGUGAAUCCAGAGAUAGGUUUAUACGGGAAUUAUUUGAAUCAUCCACAAAUAACAACAAAGACACUAAACAGAAAGCAGGAAAACUUAGCUUCAUCAGCGUGGGAAACAAGUUUAAGACACAGUUAAAUUUGCUUCUGGAUAAACUUCGAAGUACUGGAGCAAGCUUUAUUCGUUGUAUAAAACCUAAUUUAAAGAUGACAAGCCACCACUUUGAAGGUGCUCAAAUUUUGUCUCAACUUCAGUGUUCAGGUAUGGUGUCUGUUUUGGACUUGAUGCAGGGUGGUUUCCCAUCACGAGCUUCAUUUCAUGAACUCUACAACAUGUAUAAGAAGUACAUGCCGGAUAAACUUGCAAGAUUAGAUCCAAGACUAUUUUGUAAGGCUCUUUUUAAAGCUUUGGGCUUAAAUGAAAUUGACUACAAGUUUGGGUUAACAAAAGUAUUUUUUAGACCUGGCAAGUUUGCAGAAUUUGAUCAGAUUAUGAAGUCUGACCCUGACCAUUUAGCAGAGCUGGUUAAAAGAGUCAACCACUGGCUUAUCUGCAGUCGCUGGAAGAAAAUUCAGUGGUGCUCACUCUCAGUCAUCAAAUUGAAAAACAAAAUAAAAUAUCGAGCUGAAGCCUGCAUUAAAAUGCAAAAAACUAUUCGAAUGUGGCUUUGCAAAAGGAGACACAAACCUCGCAUUGAUGGCCUAGUUAAGGUGGGCACCCUGAAAAAACGACUGGAUAAGUUUAAUGAAGUAGUGAGUGCCCUGAAAGAAGGAAAACCAGAGAUGAGUAAACAGGUCAAGGAUCUUGAAAUUUCCAUUGAUGCUUUAAUGGCCAAAAUUAAGUCCACUAUGAUGACAAGGGAACAGAUACAGAAAGAAUAUGAUGCACUAGUUAAAAGCUCAGAGGCACUCCUCAGUGCUUUACAGAAAAAGAAACAGCAAGAAGAGGAAGCCGAAAGGCUGAGGCGUAUUCAAGAAGAAAUGGAAAAAGAAAGAAAAAGACGUGAAGAAGAUGAACAGCGUCGAAGAAAGGAAGAGGAGGAAAGACGGAUGAAACUUGAGAUGGAAGCAAAGAGAAAACAAGAAGAAGAAGAGAGAAAGAAAAGGGAAGAUGAGGAAAAACGUAUUCAGGCUGAAGUCGAGGAGCAGCUGGCCCGACAGCGGGAAGAGGAGUCCCAGCAGCAAGCCGUUCUGGAGCAGGAGCGCCGGGACCGGGAGCUGGCCCUGAGGAUCGCGCAGAGUGAAGCAGAGCUCAUCAGUGACGAGGCCCAGGCUGACCUGGCGCUCCGGAGCUCGGGUUCCCAUCCAGUAACAUCUAAAAUUGAUGGAGCAAGACCCAAAAUGACACCGGAACAAAUGGUGAAAGAAAUGUCAGAAUUCUUGAGUAGAGGUCCUGCUGUACAAGCCACCAAGGCAGCUGCUGGCACCAAGAAAUAUGAUCUUAGUAAAUGGAAAUAUGCAGAACUGCGUGAUACCAUCAAUACCUCUUGUGAUAUUGAGCUUCUGGCUGCUUGCAGAGAAGAAUUUCAUAGGAGACUAAAAGUGUAUCAUGCUUGGAAAUCGAAGAACAAGAAGAGAAAUACUGAAACAGAGCAACGUGCUCCAAAGUCUGUUACUGAUUAUGAUUUUGCACCAUUUUUGAACAAUUCACCUCAGCAGAACCCGGCGGCUCAGCUUCCUGCCAGGCAGCAGCAGAUUGAAAUGAACCGCCAGCAGCGCUUCUUCCGCAUUCCGUUCAUCCGCCCUGCUGACCAGUAUAAAGACCCGCAGAAUAAGAAAAAAGGCUGGUGGUAUGCCCACUUUGAUGGUCCCUGGAUUGCCCGGCAAAUGGAACUCCAUCCUGACAAGCCACCCAUCCUUCUUGUGGCUGGUAAGGAUGAUAUGGAGAUGUGUGAGCUGAACCUGGAAGAGACAGGCCUGACCCGAAAGCGUGGUGCUGAGAUUUUGCCAAGGCAGUUUGAAGAGGUUUGGGAGCGCUGUGGAGGCAUCCAGUACCUUCAGAGCGCAAUCGAGAGCAGACAGGCUAGGCCCACGUAUGCAACGGCCAUGCUGCAGAACCUGCUGAAGUAGACGUCACACACUGCUGCAGCCGGCAGCCCUUGCUCUGGUACUAGGCAGGGUGUGUGCCCCAGAGAUUUAACCAUUCCACGAUCAUGUUAGAAUUACUUACACAAAGUGAACAGAUUUAUUAAUCAUGGCUUUUUGUUGACUUAAGAUUAACUAGGGUAGUGAUUUGGGGACCUAAAAAUGAUUUCCUGUAUCCAGCUCUAACUGUUAACCCUCUUGUUAUUCUCACACUUGUUACACUUGGACAGAUUCUGAUGUGCCUUGUUUUUUGCAGACUACGUUAAGUCUGUUGUAAUUGUUCCCUAGGAAAAGAAAUUUGAAAACAAAAUCCAAAAUACUUGAACUUUAAGAAUGGCACAGUACAAUAUAACUGGAAUAAUGAAACAGAUUAAAUUUUCUUAGAAAAAUUAAGAUCCUUCAAAUGAUCAAGGCACUAAUGUUUUGAUCGGAAAAGCUCUCAACUUUCUUUACUCACUUUUGACAGAAGUUCAUGGAAAUUUCCAUCGGAGGUGGGCAUCUUUAUUUUCCUCCCUCCUUUGCAGUGUAUCUUAGUUCGGAUAGAGCCAUUAGCCUGAAGCUCUGGCAUUAUAGAAAGAGUCUUAAUGUAACUGGUGUACUUUGUGAUCAAGAAGGCACUCAUAGUAUUCUGCACAGAUUUGUUUUUCUUUCCCAUUACAUUGUAUUGUUUUGAGAACAUUUUUCUUAUAUUCCAUGCACAAAUAAAGGAAAUUCAGAUCAUGUAAUGCUUAAAAGUUUUGAGAUAACUUUUGUUUCAUUUAGAAAAGGAAAUGGGUUUUAGGUGGCACUGUGACUUAGCUAAACUGAAUCCAAAUAUUCCUUUAACUUCACCUCAAUUGCAAUUUUUACAUCAAAAUCUUGUCCAGGUGUUUCAUAUGAUUUAAGCUAGUGUUCUGUUUUAAAACAUCCUUGUUUUUAAAAAAUUCCUAGCAUCGUCUUUGGUCUUUGUGAUUUUGGUAAUUGUAGAGCUGUUUUAUAAGCUUUGUAAUUCAAAAGGCUUUGUACUUAGUAAUUGCUUCUUUUGUGUAACUGAUAAUUUAAAAAAAAAGUUUUCCUUGUGUGGAGUUAGUUUUGAUCAAAUGUCAGCAGUUUGUAGUCCAAUAUUUAUGACUCUCAGUUAGGAAUUCGGAGACAAAACUACAUCAAGGAGUUAGGCUGUCAUAAUCCUACAGAGUCUUGUUUGUAUUUAAAAUAAAAUUAGAAAAUAAAAGUAUUCUCUGUGCUUUUUUUUUCUCCUGAUUUUAAAAGACACUAACUUUUGAACUGAAUGUUCAGUGAUUUUUUUUCCUGCAAAGAGUACCUCAGAAAUAAUUCCCAGAUGAUUAGAUUAAUGUUUGUGCGCCACAGACACUUUUAAAAAUUGAUUCUCUCAUAAUGUGUCAUUGUACAGAAAUGUCACUAUGAUACGGUGCAAAUGAUCGUUUUCCAUUAAAGACAUUAAAUGGUCCUGUCUCUGCUGCUGAGACUGCGAGAAUGAGUCCCUUUCCAAGGCUGUGUCCCUCCAUAGACCCACCCACUCUGGGUCCCUGAGGUUGGUGCCGGAAGGUCUGGCUACUGAAAUGAGUGCCCUCUUUCCUCUCCUCAUCAUUCGCCUUUAAUCGGUGUUCUUCUUUGUAUAGCAUGGUGAAUGAUGAACUUCGUUUCUUAACUAGUAACAAGGUCCCUGAAGAAACCUUAAUAACCAGGUAUAUUUUUAAUGACUUGUCCCUUUAGUACUAUCUUCACAAACAGUGUG